UAACGCCCCACUGUCAUGGCGUGUAACGACGGUGCUGUCAUGGCUGUUGUUUUCAUCUUCUCUGCUAAAAAUUGAUUGAAUGAUCUGAACUGGUUGCGAGCGAGAGCGAAGAGUGAUCGAGAGUGUGGACGAGCGAAUGAGCGAGCGAACGGAAGUGCGUGAGCAAACGAGACGGAAGUGUGGGGGUAGAGGUAAUCCUGGUCUACCGCAAGCGGCUUGCAGACUGUCGAAGAAAAUUCGCCCGGCCCGCAUUACGUGCACACGAUUCCCAUCGGAUAACGCACCCAUAGUAUGCCCCCCAUCGGAUAAAGCAGCAAACAGUGAGUUUUAGUGGCAUCGGUUGCACCCCCCGCCCGUACGUACGAACGCACGCACGCACGCAGGUACACGACGCAGGCACACACGCACACAGGCAGACGCGCCCGGGGUGAGUGACAAGCCGCGGUGGAGGAAUGGCGGUGGAUUUGGGAUAUAACGCGACGGUGCUGGUCGUGGAAGAGGAAGGCGACGAGGCGGUCGAAAUCCCGCUAGAGGAAGAUGGCACGCUGCUGCUAUCGACGCUGCAGGCCCAGUUUUACGGUGCCUGCGGGCUGAAGUACCGCAACCCGGACAACAAAGCGAUCCGGGGCGUGCGGCUGAACGACAACAAGCUGCACCCGUUCUCGCCCGACUCGGGCUGGGGCAACCAUGUGUACAUAUGCGUGUUCCCGAAGGAGAACAAGCGCAAGAGCGACGACAAGCUGGAAAACUCGACGCCGAAGACGAAGCGCAUCGAGAGCCGGAACCGCACGACGACGGACCUGAUCGUGCUGGGGCUGCCGUGGAAGACGACCGAGGAGAGCUUGCGGGAGUACUUCGAAACGUUCGGCGAGCUGCUGGUGGUGCAGAUCAAGAAGGACUCGAAGACGGGCCAGUCCAAAGGGUACGGCUUUAUCCGGUUCGCCCGGUUCGAGAGCCAGAUGAAGGCACUGUCGAAGCGGCACCUGAUCGACAGCCGCUGGUGUGACGUGAAGGUGCCGAGCAGCAAGGACCAGACGCAGCACCAGAUGCCAAGCAAGAUAUUUUUAGGCCGCCUGACGGAGGACAUCAACUCGGACGACAUCCGGGACUACUUCAGCAAGUACGGCGAGGUGACGGACGUGUUCAUACCGAAGCCGUUCCGGGCGUUCGCGUUCGUGACGUUCAUCGAUCCGCACGUGGCGCAGAGCCUGUGCGGAGAGGACCACCUGAUCAAGGGUACGUCGGUGUACGUGUCGACGGCAUCGCCCCGGCCGGAGCACGGCCGGCACCACGGCAAGGGCCAGAUGGGGGGAAAUUUUUCCAACUACGAUGAGCGCGGGCGCGGCGGAGGGGGGAGCGGCGUUGGCGGCAGUAGCGGAGCGAACGACUACCAUCGGGGCGGGGGGGGAGGAGGGGGAGGGGGAGGGGGAGGAGGAGGCGGUGGGCACGCGGUAGGCCCACACGUGCCGGCGCCCAACAGCAGCUACCAUCACGGUAGCGGCGGUGGCAGCGAGGGAGCAGGCCCGGGAGGAUACAAUAAUAUGCAGUCGGGAAACGGGGGUGGUUGUAGUCAGCAGCCGAUCUGGAACUACAAUGAAUACACCGCCCAGAAUCGGCAAAACAACAGCAAUAUCGAGUCGAUGCCGAACCUGCAAGCACUCGGGAUCAACUCGAGCGGCCCAAACGGGCAGCGUGGGGGAGGCGUCGGUGGGGGCCUGCACGGCGGGCACCACGCAGGGAUGGGGAACCAUCUGAGUGGAAGCGGCGGUGCCGGCGGAUCGGCACCGGGCGGUCCGGGGAGUAAUGGGGCGGGCGUGAUCGGUGCGCAUGGUGGACCCGCGGCUGGUAACAUGAAUCUCUACCAGAUGCCAAUCAAUCCCGCUAUAAUCGCGGCCGCCCUGAGCCAGUGGAGCCUAAUCGGGAACCAGAUGCACAACACGGCCCAGGGUGCGGGCGGACCGGGCGGACCGGGCGGUCCGGGAGCACCAGGGCAGGCGAACGCGAACGUACCGGGCGGCCCUGCCGGUGGACCGCCGGGGCCGGGUGGAGCGGCCGGUCCCGGGCCGGGCGCGUCCGAGCAGGAGUAUCUGUCCUGGAACGGCACGGGCAAUGGGGCACCGGGAGCCGCAGUACCGGCCGGGCGCGUCGAUCCAAACCGCCAGUGAACGAGGACAGUCGACACAGUCUUAGCAUAUUGCAAAAGCAAAGCACCACCCCUCCCUGCUACCAGCGAUCCAGCGACUGCAGACAACACCCCUCCCCGGUGUCUUCGAUCUCCCAAUGUAUCCAGCCGAAGUAGACAUAAGGUGAUGAUGAUGAUGUGACGAGGAUGCUAGCGAAGUAGUGGGUUGAGCGAGAUUGAGAGAUAGAGAGAGAGAGAGUGGGAGAACGAGCGAGAAAGAGAGAGAGAGCGAGAGAACGAAAGCGCAUGCGAGAUCAGAUAUGACCGGGGGUAAGAGGGAUAGUAUGGAAGGAUAUGAUGGGUGUGAACAUGGAGGAUGUGAGUCGCUAGAUGAUGAUGAUGAUGAUGAAUGUGUGCUACGUGAGUUUAGCGUGAAUAGUAUGUAGAGAGUGCAUGAUGGAUGUGUGCCGUUUGGUGUGCCGCUCCUUCGAGCGCGUGUGUGUGUUUGUAAGCGUUUUUUCAAAGUAAACUUACUUUAUUUUCAUUAUCGUGUAACCAAGGAUGUUCGGUUCGUGGCUUUGCGAGUAAAUUCGGCUCGGCAUAUUUAAAUUGCGCAGCCCCGUUGUUCUUACCAUAGCAUACCAAACGCCAGCGCAUCACAUUGUGUUGCGUGCGAAGCAUUAACACAACAACUACAACAACAACAACAACAACAAAACAGAAAACAGAAACAAUAGUAGCAGCUCCCCACGAUGUGUGUGAGUACAGCUCGCCGGCGGCCAGAUGCUGCUAUGCGCAACAACUGCAUAACAUACGCGUGGCAGGUGUAUCGCGUGAGUAUCUCUAUCGGGGCGCACCAUUUUUGUAAGAACAAAAUAAACGGCUAGAACAUUUUACAUUAUAUUACUUUUAUGGCUAACACGACAAUACAUUUUCUGAACGUUUGUGAGUGUGAUUGUGUGUGUACGUGUGUUGUGUAUGAGUGUGGUGUUUGAAUCCAUGAUGUGCGGCUCGUGGUUUCAAUUAUUAACCUUCUAUUUUUUUUUAACUUAAAAACGUUGGCAUUACAGCGUAACUGCUGCUACUGCUCGUGUAUCUGUUCCUGCCGACAGACAGCCAACUAAUGAGGUAGCAACAGCAGCACGUGUAGCAUCAUCAACAUGAUCAUGCGUGCAUCUGUGUGUCUGUGCAAAAUGGGAAAAGGGUUGAGGAGGGGAAGGGAAAAGAUGUAAAACUCUAACACCUACCUAGAACUAGGGCCGGUAAUUUCAGAUUGCUGUACACGAAAGCAUAAUUUAUCCUACGCGCAUCCCCGCGGGGUUGUGAAGCAUCUACUACUCGCCGGACUCAUCCUUCCAUUCUUUUUUUGUUUUCUUAAACACAUGAAGCACAGCUGUAUCAAGCAUACGUGUCGUUAGGCUUUAAAAUGGUAUGUCUCGGGAGCGAGUGUGAAAGAUACACACACACAAACACAAAAAGAACAAUGGAAAACAUGAUUGAAUGUAAAAGUAAAUCUGUCAUCAACGGUUUAAUAAAUAUGAUAUGAAUACGAUCAAUCCAA